AACCAACCAAAAUCGUGGCUGCGGCUGUGGACAAUCGGCAGCUUGCGAGUAGCUCCGGUACGGAGGGGAUCAUGGAGGAGGGGCGGCAACUGGAAGCGGCGGCGUUCGGUUUUCCGGCGCCGGUGCAGCCGGGGGCCACGCGCGUGGGGUGGAUCGGCAUCGGCGUCAUGGGCGGCGCCAUGGCCAAGCGCCUCCUCGCGGCAGGGUACGCGGUCACCGCGUACGCUCGCACGCCGUCCAGGGCGGAGAGCCUCGUCGCGGCGGGCGCGAGCCUCGCGGACUCGCCGGCCGCCGUGGCCGCCGCGUCCGACGUGGUGUUCACCAUGGUCGGGAACCCCGGCGACGUCCGCGCGGUGGUCCUGGACCCGGCCGCCGGGGCCCUCGCGGGCCUCCGCCGCGGCGGCGUGCUGGUGGACUGCACGAGCUCCUCCCCGUCCCUCGCGCGCGAGGUCGCCGCGGCCGCGGCCGCGGCGGGCUGCCACGCCGUCGACGCGCCGGUCUCCGGAGGCGACGUGGGCGCGCGGGACGGCACGCUGGCCGUCUUCGCCGGCGGCGACGAGGCCGUCGUCGCCUGGCUCGCGCCGCUCUUCGCCAGCCUCGGCAGGGCGACCCGCAUGGGCGCGCCGGGCAGCGGCCAGAGCAGCAAGAUCGCCAACCAGGUCGCGGUGGCCGGCGCGGUGGUGGGCCUCGGCGAGGCCGUGUCCUUCGCCCGCGCGGCGGGGCUCGACGCGCCGCUGUUCCUCGGCGCGGUGUCCAGGGGCGCGGCCUGGUCGCGCGUCAUGGACGUCUUCGGCGGCCGCUUGCUCCGCCGCGAGUUCGCGUCCGGGGGCAGCGUGCGGUACAUCGUCAAGGACCUCGGCAUGGCGCUGGAGGUCGGAGACGGCGGGGAGGAGGAGGUCAACGUGCUGCCUGGAGCGGCGCUGUACCGGCAGAUGUUCUCGGCCAUGGUGGCCAAUGGCGACGGGGACCUGAGCUUGCAGGGACUGAUCACCGUUAUCGAGCGCCUGAACGGCAUUGCAAAGUAGCGAAGGCUGCAGCAGGCAAGGUGCUGCUUUUUUGUUGAUGGAGACUGCAGGAAAGGUGUUCGCCGGAAUGCAACACUGGACCCGAAGACGCCUGAGCUUGUGACAUGGACUUGUUUUUUGUAUUCAAAACACUGUUUCGAGCUUGAUUUGCGUUUGUAAUUUCGCCCCUAAAUAAAACUUUGCUUUCAA